GACUACACUUAAGGGAAAAACCAUUCUACCAUGAACUCUGUUUUCACUACGAAGAAUAAUAUGAAAUAACUUUACAAACUCCAUCUAGCGGAUGUACUAUAUCAAACUUUUAAUGUUAUAUAUGCAAGACGAUCAAAGAACCAGUUCGAACGUAAAUCUUAUAGAAGUACAACAUGUGGGCGUGACGGCCAGAUUAAAAUCUCCAAUAAAGAAUUUGUUGCAAAACUCAACCUCAUCCAUUGAAAGUGAACAUGGACAUAGACAAGUACUAUUUAACAACAACGAAAAACGUCGCUAUGAUAAUCUUGUACCGGAUUCCACAGUUGAUACCGGUGAAACAACUGAAGCAUCAAAAGUUUUAUAUGAAAUGCACGCAGUACCGAAUAUACACCCUAAAUAUACAAAUAAAGGAACCCCAUCUAAAAUUGAAUUCCAACUCUAUAAUAAAAAUCGUGCGUCACGCAGUCACAGGCAUCGAAAACGCUCCCGACGAACAAGUUUGUUAGGUAGAAGUCGAAUACAUAAACGUACUCGCAAUGUUGUACAAACCUCUAUUUGCAGUCGUUUACGACAAUCCUUCGAAAAUCUGUGCAAGUUAAGGACAGAAGAAAAGCAUGUUAGUAUCAUUGAUGAUCUACCUGAGCCAACAACAAGAAGCAAUGCGGAAGUCCACAUAGGCAUUUAUCCAUUUGAACAUGGGUCUGCUGAUUACCUGCGCACCAAUGACGCCUAUCCAUUAUUGGUGUCCUAUAAUAUAGCUGAACGUGCAACCGACUGUGCAACGCGAUUUUGGGCGGAAUUUUUCGGUAGCCUAUAUAUAGGUGUGGCAUUUAUUGUGACUUUCAUUUUGCAGACUUAUCGAUUUCUAUUGUAUUCCUUUGUGAAUACUUUGCUGGUUGGACUUCUGCAUAUGACGGCAGAUUACUUCCUGAAACCGCUCUUAACGGUAUGCUUCAAUGGAUUCAUACAACCUCUGUUGACUCUUUUGCAGAAUAUAUUUACUUCUAUUCGAAACGCACUGGAACCCAUAUCUGACACAUUCAAUAAUUGUAUGAAACCAGUUGCAACCGUUUUCAGCAGUUUCCGUAUCGUUGAAAUUAACCACCGUGAACGACAGUUCGAAAAGGAAGUCUGAUUUUAAUAUCAACUAUUCAUCUUUCUAUUGAUUGUUUGGAAUUUAUUUAUUUUAAUUGUUUGA